AUGGAUGGGCUCGACGACUUUGAAAAGCAGCUCGCCGCUGACAAGGCGGACCGAGAACGCGCCGAGCGAAAAGAGCACGGGCGCCGUCACCGCAGCAGCGAGCAUCGUCACAAAAGACACGACGAUGACGAUCGCGACAGACACAGGCAUCGCCACGGCCACAGCUCGAGACGAGAUGAUGAUCGGGAGAGACAUAGACGUGAUGACGACCGAGAUAGCCACCGGCACAAAAGGAGGCGCAAUUCGAAUGAGGCGGACCGCGAUGGCGACAGAAGCUCCAAGCACAGACACCGACACCGCGACGAGGAUUCCCAUCGACGCAGCAAGCGAGAGGCGGACACGACAGAAGCCACAGAAAACAAAUCAGAAACGACAAAUACUACUACAUCAGAGACCAUCACAAGAGACGCCUGGAUGGUGGCACCCUCUACGCUCGAGGUAGAGCACGUGCACAGAAAGCAAAAGAAGGAAAAGACACCGCCGCCACCACCAGCAAGAGUCAUUCACAGUCGCGAGAUCAAUCGCAACAUAGACGAGGCGGUAACAGAACAUGCAGCUGCACCACCACUAGCUGAAGCGAAACAACGAACUAUAAACUACACAUUUGGCGACUCUGGCUCGUCAUGGCGCAUGACAAAGCUCAAGGCCGUCUACACAUUAGCAGAGACGUCAGGCAGGCCAGUCGAAGACAUUGCCGUCGAGCGAUUUGGAAGUCUUGAAGAGUUUGACGACGCACGAGAAGAAAAGGAAGAGCUUGAGCGACGCAAACUGUAUGGCAAGGAGUACCAAAGCAAAGAAAAGCCCACGGGCGAACUCUUCCAGCAGCGCAAGCCGGCCCAAGCAGCACCCAUUGAAACCACUCCAUCCUCUAAUCAGUCUCCUCUUCCCACACAAACAGCAACACCAGCCCAGCCGGCUCUGGACCAAACAGCUCUCAACCGUCUGCGGGCGCAAAUGAUGAAGGCUAAACUGCGCAAGGCCCCCAACGCCGAGCAGCUCGAACAAGAGUACAAUGCCGCUGCUGCAGCUGCCACGUCCAACACCACUGCCAGCCAAAACGUGGUCCUGAGCGCCAUGGACAGCCGUCUCCUCGCAGGAACGCGCGGCGAAACCAAGGCCGUCGACACCAAGCGCGGCCGAGAGCGCGGCACGGUAGUCGAAAACGAGGACAUGACAAUUGACGACAUGGUGCGCGAGGAGCGCCGAACAAAGGGCCAAGCAGGCGGCGAAGGCAUGCGCCUAGCCGAGCGCAUUGCCAAGGACGUCAAGUACGACGACGAUCUGGACUACAUGGACGAAAACGCCGACAAGCUGGCCAAGCGCGUGCACAAGAGCGAGGUGAACCUCAAGAACAUGGCUGUCAGCGAGUUCCAGAAGAUGAACCGCAUCCUCGACUCGUGUCCGCUCUGCCACCACGAAGACACCAAUAAGCCGCCCCUUGCACCCGUCAUCUCGCUCGGCACACGCACUUUUGUCACGCUGGCCACCGAGCCCGAGAUUAGCCCCGGCGGCGCCGUCAUCGUGCCCAUCACACACCGCAAGAACCUGCUCGAGUGCGACGACGACGAGUGGGAGGAGAUGCGCAACUUUAUGAAGAGCCUGACGCGCAUGUACCACGAGCAAGGGCGCGAGGUGCUCUUUUACGAGAAUGCCGCGGCACCCCAUCGCCACCAGCACGCUGCCAUGAUGGCCGUGCCGAUCCCAUAUGAAGAAGGUGCCACGGCCCCUGCGUACUUUAAAGAGGCGUUUCUGUCAUCAGACGAGGAGUGGUCGCAGCACAAGAAGAUUAUUGAUACGGGAGCAAAAGCGCGCGACGGGAUGGGCCGCAUGGCGUUUAGACGGUCGAUUGCCAAGGAGAUGCCGUAUUUCCAUGUCUGGUUUACGCUGGAUGGUGGUCUUGGGCAUAUUAUUGAGGAUGCUGGACGCUGGCCCAAGGGCGAUUUGUUUGCGAGAGAGGUGAUUGCAGGGAUUGUGGAUGCUGAGCCGCAUAUUGUGAAGAAGCAGGGCCGGUGGUCGAGGGGGGAUCCGAGGGUGGAUGAGUGGAAGAAGACGUGGCGCAAGUUUGACUGGACGCGCAUGUUAGACGGUUAA